CGAUCUGUCUUUUUGGCAGGAAUUUCUCGGGAGUUCAACACGGUAUGUCGGGAUAAUAUUUAGUUUACUGAGUUUCAAACUUCGCCAAUGAUAUGGCUUCUACAUCAAGAUGGUUGCUGUUAUUAUACUUCGGUUUCUGCACGGCAUGGAUGGACGAGAGGCCAGUUCUGGAGUCUCGAGACGGACAUCUCAUAAUCUCCAGCGCGAAAGACAGAAACAUCACUCUGAAGAUAAUAGGGGGCGGUUACGUGAAUGUCAAUGAAAUUAAUCUGCUUCACGUCGCAUUGGCGGCGCAAAAUGCAACGCGGGUCAUCGACAGGUGGCGGAUGGGAUACUUGGCUGAGAUGGAGAACUCUCUUCAGCAACUAUCAACUAUAGUGACAGGCUCUACAGGUCUACAGAAGAGAGUCGCUCUACUCGAGCGAGGUAUCGACACGAACGUUACGAAUCGCGUGGGAAACAGAACACAUAUAAUACCGAAUAUAAUCACCAGAGCUAAUUUCCGUCGUAUCAGCAUACGACUCAAAGCGUUGGAAGACUCAUUGAGAGCGAUGCAAACAUUGCUCCGAGAGAACGAGUGCCAGAGUAAUCCGUGUCAAAACGGCGGUACGUGCGAGGACCUCUAUGACGCCUAUCAAUGUCAUUGUUCGUCAAAUUGGGAGGGCCCGAAUUGUAUGACGGAUGUUAACGAAUGCGCGAGAUUUCUUGGCACGGAUCUCGGAUGUCAAAAUGGGGCAACGUGCCGUAAUCUACCCGGAUCUUAUCGAUGCGAUUGCUUACCGGGAUGGUUUGGUCUUCACUGCACGCAGAAAACAUCGAUUUGCAAUACGGAGAACUCCGAGGCGCUUUGUGGCGAGCACGGCGUCUGUGUCACGAAAAGCAGUUCUCUGCUUGGAUACACGUGUAUUUGCGACCAAGGGUGGGAGAGCGAGGGUACAAACCCGGCUUGCACCAAGGAUGUAGAUGAAUGUGCAGCAGACCAUCCACCCUGCUCCGUAAAUCCACCGGUACCAUGUCGCAACACGCGUGGCUCAUUCACUUGCGGCGCCUGUCCGCAUGGUUAUAGCGGAAAUGGCUAUUAUUGCACCGACAUUGACGAGUGUCUGAUUAACAACGGCGGCUGCAGUACCUCACCUUAUGUGAACUGCAUGAACACGAUGGGUUCUAGAGUAUGUGGACCUUGUCCUACGGGAUACCGAGGAGACGGUGUCAGUUGCAUUUUUGUCGGCGGUUGCUCCAUCAACAAUGGUGGAUGCCAUCCAUUAGCGAUCUGUACCGAAAACCCUUCACUUACGAGCUCUUACGUUCUGUGUCGUUGCCCAGCGGGUUACAUCGGUAGUGGAAUGGGACCAAACGGCUGUCAAUUAGCUGAUGUAUCGGUUAAUACAGCGUGUUCUAGCAACCCUUGCGUUCAUGGCACAUGCGUGCCAAGCGGUGCAAAUGGCUUCACUUGCAUGUGCAAUACGGGAUAUUCAGGAACUACAUGCGACACGCCGGCUAACCCGUGCUCGCCAAAUCCCUGUCGAAACAACGGUAUUUGCGUCGUUUUGAACGGACAAGCGACGUGUGAAUGUACACCCACCUUCACAGGAAGCAGAUGUGAAACACAACGACAGGCGUGCGGUGGCAUCUCACGGAAUCCAAUAGGAGUCCUUCAGUUCCCGAUGGGUGGUAGUACUUAUCAGCACGGAUUAAGCUGUGCUUGGGUGUUGAUCACGGACCCCUCGAAGGUUCUAAACGUCACCUUCACGACUUUUCAUCUCGAGCAGUCUACGGAUUGCAAGUUCGACUUCUUGCAGAUCCACGAUGGAAAGAACGCCGGUAGUCAAGUGAUCAACAGAUUUUGCGGCGACACAUUGCCCAAUAGACAUGGAAACAUCGUCUCAUCUCAUAAUUCUCUCUACUUAUGGUUUCACUCAGACAGCAGUAUAUCUCAUGAUGGAUUCACUUUCCAUUGGACCAGUAUCGACCCUAUUUGCGGAGGUAUUUUAGAAAAUGACUAUGGCACAAUCGCGUCCCCGGGCUCACCAGGCAGAUACCCUCCAAAUAGGGAUUGUUUCUGGAGAAUCUCUGUACCAAACUCGAAGAGGAUUCAGUUCCAUUUCGGUCAAUUGAUGCUCGAGGAACAUCCAACUUGUGAAAAUGACUAUUUAGAGAUUACCGGUAUAGAGGAAGAACGUUUAGGACUUUACUGCAAUCACACACGGCCACCUCCUCUUAUCACACCGAGUUCUGAAGCGAGUGUUCACUUUCACUCUGAUAGUGCCGGUCAAGACGUUGGCUUCCAGAUUCAUUAUACGAUGAUCGAAGGUAUACCAGGUUGCGGUGGAACUUAUACCUCUUCCAGCGGCACAAUUACUUCACCUGGUCACUCGUCGACUUAUUUACCGAAUAUGCAGUGUGAGUGGAAGAUACAGCUGCCACUAGGCGAGCGAAUCAGAAUAACAUGGUUACGAUUUAAUCUCGAGGAAUCCAUGGAUUGUCAUUUCGAUUUUGUCGAGAUCUAUGACGGAUCCGAUACGUCUUCUAACCUGUUGGGCAGAUUUUGUGGGUCAGAUUUGCCACCGACAAUUAAAUCGACUUCGAAUAGUUUAGUAGUGACUUUCAAGUCCGACUGGUCUUACGAGACAGAGGGUUUUGCUAUAUCUUACGAUACUUUAUGCGGUGGCGAGUUCCGCGAGGAAACUGGAAUCAUCAAGUCACCCUUCUAUCCAAAUAGUUAUCAUGGCUCAAAGAAAUGUAUUUACGAAAUUAUACAACCGAUCAAUAAGGGAAUCGAAUUAACUAUAAUAGAUAUGGACAUCGAAGGCAGACUACCGCCAGACUGCUACUAUGAUUACAUAGAGAUUCACGACGGUGCUAAUGAAAAUGCAACGAAACUCGCCACAUUAUGCGGUGAUCAAGAUCAAAUUCCUCCGGUUCCUUACAUUUCAACGCAUAAUUAUAUGUAUAUUGUGUUCACGACCGAUAAUACCGUUGAAGGUCGAGGUUUCAAGGCCAACUACACAACCGUUGAUCGCAGAUGUGGCGGUCUAUUAAAACAAUCAGGCGAAAUAAUUAAGCCUCCCACUGAGGAGGAACAUUAUUUGAACAACGAAGAUUGUCUCUGGAUUAUACAAGCGCCGCCAGGAUAUGGUGUGCAGCUCACCUGGUUGUCUUUUAAUCUGGAAUCCAGUCCGAAAUGUGUCUAUGAUUACGUGAACAUUUACGAAAACUACACUUCGUCUACAGAAGAUAUAAUAGCCACAUAUUGCGGUACCAAAAUACCAUCCGCUUAUACGACACAAAGUUCUAUGCUCACUAUACUUUUCCACUCAAACUCGUAUGGGACAAGUGAUGGAUUCAUUGCCACGUACAUUUUCAUGGACUUGACGAAGACCUGUGGCGGUCAUUAUAUGAGGUCAACCGGCUUUAUCAAAUCGCCAGGCUAUCCUGAUCAAUAUAUGAAUAGAAAGCAAUGCAUUUGGGUUAUCGAGGCACAAAACAGACACAGGAUCAUACUUAACGUGAAACAUUUUGAACUAGAAAGUCAUACGAAUUGCGAAUUCGAUUAUCUAGAAAUUAGAAAUGGUGGAUAUGAAUCAUCGCCGCUAAUCGGUAGAUUCUGUGGAGAGAAAAUACCAACCGAAAUACCAAGUCAGAGCAGUCAAUUAUAUAUUAAAUUUGUCUCGGAUUUUUCGAGGGGGUACAAAGGCUUUGAAAUAGAAUGGGAUAGUACAACGGAGGGGUGUGGUGGUACAAUGAACGCAGUUACCGGAGAAAUAAUUUCUCCAAAUUAUCCCGAAUCUUAUGCGCACAACGCAGAAUGCUAUUGGAAAAUCGCUGUAGCGGCGGGUAGUUUGGUGGAAAUCGUAAUAGCUGAUCUCGAGCUCGAGAAUAAUAUGAGAUGUCGAUUUGACUUUAUCGAAAUAUUUGAGGGGAUCAGCCAUCGCGUGAGAAUAGGACGUUAUUGUGGCACAAACUAUCCCAAAGUUAUUCAAUCUAAAUCCAACGAAAUGACCAUUCGAUUCCGUAGCGAUUUCACCAAUUCCGGCCGAGGUUUUCAUCUGAAAUACGAAACGCAAUGUCACAACAAGUUGCGUGGCUUCUACGGUGUGAUAGAAUCACCAAAUUUUCCCAACGAAUACGAACACCAGACGAACUGCAGUUGGAUUAUCGAGGCACCGAUCGGCAACAAGAUCAAUCUAACUUUCUCACAUUUUGAUCUCGAAGGUGAUCAUUCGAGCACCAACAGUUGCCGGUAUGACUACCUUCAGAUCAUGGAAGGUGAAGGUGGCAGCGUCAAUUCUGAACUAGCUCGCCUUUGUGGCGACAUCGACCUGCCGAUGAAAAUAAGCUCAACGCAACAUCAAGUUUUCAUAAAUUUCGUCACUGACCCCUUCAUUGCUUUCAAUGGUUUUCGGUUCGAAUGGAUGAUUCACGGUUGUGGCGAACUUUUGACUAAACCUGUCGGUAGUUUUACGUCACCCGGAUAUCCUACUGGUUAUCCAAUGAAUAUCGACUGCGAAUGGCUGAUUGAAGUAGAUUACGCGCAUAGCAUUGAACUCACUCUUCACGAGGUAAACACUGAGAAACACAAUGGUUGUUUCUUCGAUAAACUUCAAAUCUUCGCCGGCGAAGACGCGGAAGCGCCAAAAUUAUUUGAACUUUGUCACUCGGAAAAACCAGUAACCCACACCAGCCCUGGGAAUAAGAUGUUCGUAAAAUUCCACUCAGACGUGUCGUACGCCGGUCGUGGUUUCAGCGCUAGUUACCAAACUGUUCCUAUCAAAUGCGGCGGUAAAUUCACAACAUUAUCGGGCAUCAUUUAUUCGGCCAAUUACCCACAGAAUUAUCCGCACAGUCAGAAUUGCGAAUGGCUGAUAGAAGUCGACAAAAAUCACGCUGUAAAUAUCACAUUUUUGGAUUUCGAUAUUGAGAACAGCAGGAACUGCACUGAUGAUUACGUUAAGAUCUUUGACGGAUCAACACAAGACGAUCCCUUACUGGGAACGCAUUGUCGCAAUGAACUGCCACCGUCCUAUCUUUCGACUGCUAAUAAAAUGUUAAUAGUCAUGCGCACGGACAGCAUUAUCGCAGCGAAAGGUUUCAAAGCUCAGUAUUCUCGAGCCUGCGGUGCUCGCAUAAUCGUGAAGGAUAAUGGUUUCCUUACGUUUGAUGGCCAUACCGAUACUAUUAACUGCACCUGGACAUUGACAGCUGAAAAUCCAGGCGACCAUGUAACUUUAACUUUCACGCACAUGGAAAUGGAUCCUUCCGAAAAUAACAAACUAUGGGGUGAUCCUUGCUUUAUGACCUACAUCGAGGUGUUUGAAGGUGACGGCAUCGAUGGUGUAUCUUUGGGAAAGUGGUGCAAUAACGUCGCUCCACCGUCGGUUAUAAGUACCGGAAGUUCGAUUACUGUACAUCUGUACAUGCGUUAUGAGUUUCUCGGCCACUUCGCCGCAACUUAUUCCGUUUUAAACACAGCCUGCGGCGGAAGCUACACAUCUGAGCGUGGUACUCUCACAUCGCCGAGUUACCCGAACAGCUAUCCUUUGAACUCAGAAUGCGUUUGGAUUUUGAAUACCUCUCCCGGCAACAAGAUUAGCCUUACAUUCUCCGUGUUUGAUGUCGAGACGAGCGAAAACUGCGAUCUGGAUUACGUCGAAGUGCGGGAGGACAGCGGAAUUGGAAAGCUGAUUAACGUCCUUUGCGGUAAAGAUGCCGCGUCAGUUACAUCCUCCAGCAAACUGUGGAUUAAGUUUAAGAGUGACAAUUCAGGCACUGCCAAAGGUUUCGUGGCUGAGUAUAGUUUCAUCGGAGGUAACGAACUUGAAGGACCUUUAGGACGCAUUACCUCACCAUUGUAUCCGAAGCCUUAUAAACGGUCAGCCAGUUUCGCGUGGCGUAUCACGGUCGACAUGGAAUCGAUCAUACGCAUCCAAUUUAGGGAUUUACAAAUAGAGAACAUUGGGGAUACCUGCAUUUUUAGCGUCAGUAUAUUUGACGGAUACAACGACGAAGCGCCAAGUCUAUUGCAAAUAUGCGGCUUCGCUCUGCCAGACCCAAUAGAAUCAUCCAGCAAUAUAGUUUAUAUCACGAUGACUAGUGAUCUUAUCAGACAGGGAAAUUGGUUUGAUCUCACGUGGCUAGCAAUACCGAAAAGUACCUUUAAUGAGGUUAACAGAGAAAUCAAAUUGUCAGAGUGCAAUAAGGAAAUCGCUCUAAUAAGUGAGCACAACGAUACAUAUUCCUUCAGCUCUCCCGGUUUCCCCACCGGUUACGGACAUAAUUUGCGUUGCAACUGGAUCUUUACAUCACCACCUGGAACGCAUCUGGUAUUGAGAAUAUUAUCUAUGAAUUUGGAAGAGACAAUGAAUUGCAUGGCAGACUCCUUAUCGGUUUAUUCGGGAUACGCAUUGACAUCGACCACCGAUUUGACAUCGACCGAUGCCAAAUUAGAGAGUAAAGUGUGCCUGUCAAACUCUACUAUGUCUUUGAUCAGAACGACUAACGUGAUGACGGUGAAAUUUGAGACAGAUAUGAGCAUCAAUAAAACCGGUUUCAACGCAUACGUAUAUCGAGAUUGCGGAGGUAAAUUGACUGGCCCCAACGGCAUAAUUGAGUACAACAGUUCCUCGAUGGGACUGAGAUCACGUGCGUGGCAUUAUACGUGCGACUGGACUGUCGAGGUGAAGCCCGGUAGAACCAUCAAAGUAGAGAUUACUGAUAUGUCAAUAAUGCAAACAGCCGAUCACAUCUGCAGUGAUAAUUACCUAUUGUUAAAGAAUGGAGGCGAUAUGCUUUCACCUUUGUUAGGCAACGGAAAGUAUUGCGGCGAGGUACUACCUGCAGUAUUAGAAACCACUGGGAAUCGCUUUUUCAUCAGAGCUGUUCGUAAUGCGUCUUAUUUUCGUUACAAAUUAACUUACAGAGAAGUAUCCAUGAAUUGCGGCGGUGAGUUUAUCUUGACGAGCAAACAGAAACAAUGGGAAAUAUCCACUCCUAACUACCCAAACAUUCCGCCAACUUACGCGGAAUGUACUUGGAAAGCUAUCGCUCCGACUGGCGAAAAACUUUCUAUCCAUUUUCAGGAUAGAUUUGAUUUAAGCUCUAGUCCAAACUGCGAGCGAGAAUACGUCGAAAUAAGGGAUGGCGGUACCGACAGCUCAAGAAGUAUGGGGACAUAUUGCAGAGACGUAGCGCCAAGUACUAUGAUUACCACUGGCAACAUGAUAUACAUUCAUUUCUACACAGACUUGCCGGAACCGAAGAACGGCUUCAAAGCCGUGAUCACAUCCGGAGACGUCUGCGGCGGAAUUAUGCGUGGUACCAGUGGUAUCAUUGAGUCGCCGAACUAUCCGCAUUUCUAUGCUACAAACCAGUCAUGCUGGUGGAGGAUAAUAGGUCCGACGGAUCACACCUUGAAAUUGCAAUUUCGCGAUAUACACCUUCCUGGUUAUCGCUUAUGUAAUGCAACAGAUCACGUUCAAAUCAGCGAGAAAGAUAUGGAAACUCUUGAGCGCAUACCAAUUGGAACUUACUGUGGUCUUCUGAAACCGGACGUGAUCGAGACAUCGUCGAACGAAGCGUACGUCAACUUCGUGAGCGAUAACAGGGAUUACAUGAACUACAGAGGAUUCAGUAUAAACUUCACGGCCAGCCAAGAAAUAUGCGGCGGUUCAUUAACCGCAAUGAGUGGGAUAAUUAAGUCUCCUGGAUAUCCUAAUCCACGUAUACGACCCAGAUAUUGUGACUGGAAAAUUGAAUUGCCGAAGGGUUACCAAAUUGUAGUGAAUAUCCUGGACAUAGAUAUCAACAUCAAUUUUCCUAUCCGACACACGCGUACCAGAUAUUCACUUUCGUUUUUCAACGAUGCUCAGUUUAGAUCGAAAAUCAAAAUCAUUGAACGCUCUUCGUACUCUUCAUACACAAGUGGGGACGUGAUAAGGAGUUCUAGUAAUACCAUGGUGAUCGGCUAUUGGUCCUCCGUCGGGCAUCGAGGUUUCAAACUGCGGUAUACGGCUCAGGCACCAGCUCCUUGCGGUGGAAGCCUGUCAGAACGCGAAGGUAACAUAACCGGCCCUACAACUCGACCCUUCAAUGAAUCCUCAUAUGUCUGCAACUGGAAACUGGUGCCACCCGAAGAUAUGAUGAGAUCUGACAACAACAGUGGCGUGACUUUAACAAUAAAAGUAAUAGGUGUUGUGGGUAAAGGCAACAUGACUUCCAAAAGAAUUUGCAUCUUCUCUGAACGCAUCGAACUCAGUGAUAUUGGAGCACUAUGCGGAAAUAUAACGGAGCCGCAGUAUUUGAGAAGUCCAAAAAUAAUCAACGAGUUGACGAUAAUUAACGGUACUUUCGGAAGACGUAUGAGCUACAACGUGCAAUAUCAGUGGCAGCAUUGCGGUGGUAUUUUACCAGGCCCGUCGCACACAAUCAGGUCGCCGAAGAACAUGUCUUAUCCAAUAAACUGCGUCUGGCACGUAAACUAUCCUGACAACAAUGAAAUGAUCAGCCUCACUUUCUCCAAACUUAAUCUUGGUAGUUGCGAACAAGGUUACAUCAUCGUCAGAAACGGCGGCGCCAAUUCACCAGAAAUUGGAAAGUUCUGCGGUAACAUAAAACCUCACAACAUCACCAGUAUAUCGAAUCAAUUAUGGAUAGAAUAUUUCGCGGCGGGCGACCCGAACGAUUUCGAAAUUAUUUUAGAUGUUGCCAGCGCAGGCUGCGGCGGAACGCUACGCGGUCACGCCCGCGACAUCUUAUCGCCACAAUACCCGAAACAAUAUCCAAAUAAUGGCGAAUGUACGUGGGAAAUAAUAGGUAAUAAUGGAUAUCACCUAGGCUUAACGUUCGUCGAGCGGUUCAAUUUGGAGACUAGUCCCAAUUGCGAGAAAGAUUACGUGCAGAUAUUUGAUUGGAUCAACGGAGAGGAAAGCAGUAACGGCGAAUGGAAGAGCCUUGGCAAGGUUUGCGGCAGGAACACACCUGCGCCCUUUAACUCGACGUCGAACCGCAUGAAGGUGAUUUUCCAUUCGAACGAGGCGGUAAAUUCGGACGGUUUCCGCGCCGUCUGGAACGAGAAUUGCGGCGGUGUUUUCCAGGCGACCAAGAACGUUAAGAUCAUCCAAUCACCGGUGUACCUGAAAAUGUAUCCGCCCAACGUGUCUUGCAAUUAUACCAUUGUCGCGCCAGACGACGAUAUUAUCGUCAAUUUCACUGAUUUCCAACUAGAGCGAGAUCAAAGAUGUCGCUACGAUAAUGUCACAAUUAUCUCGGAAGAUUUGUAUGAGAUAGAGAAGGUGGAGACUUAUUGCAGCAAUAACAAGCCUUCAAUUGUAAGGUCUACUUCGCGAGUGCAAAUUAUUUUCAUGACAGACAAGUUUGUGCAGCGAAAAGGCUUCCAAUUUAAAUAUUUCCUCAACCAAUGUGGCGGUAUAAUUACAAAACCCGCUGAACUCAAGCCUUUGAUGCAAGGAGAAGAGUACUUCGGACGUAUGAAUUGCACUUGGGUUAUUAAAGCUCCACAAGGGAAGAGCGUACUCGUACGAUUUGAGAAGUUCAUUCUUGAGUUUAGCGGAGGUUGCUACUUCGACAAUGUUGCUAUUUACGAGGGUGAUUCGAUUAAGCGUAACAAACGAAUAGCUCUAGUCUGCGGAAACUUGACCGCGAAUUUACCCACUUUCAAGUCCGAGUCCAAUUCCAUGGUCGUCAACUUUAACGCCGAUAGUUCGAGGCAUUUCGAAGGUUUCACGGCCAAGGUGCUAUUCACGACAAGUCCAGCCGAUGGUUGUGGAGAGGUCAUCAAUAUGACUUCGAUCCGAUCAAAAUCGUUCAGAACUCAACGGGCGGCAACUUAUCAGCCAUUCGAAGAGUGUCAUUGGACUGUGAUAACAUUGUCAGGCAAUAUUAGACUUACCAUCAAUACUAUGGAUAUCAAGAAUUCGAUUAAUAACACAGGCAAUACUGAAAGUAAUAGAUGUACCGGCGAUUAUCUUGAAAUCCGAGAUGGCGCAGGAUCUUAUGCCAAAUUGUUGGGUCAAUAUUGUGGAAAUACACCACCAUUUCCAAUAUUAUCUACCACAAAUAUGUUAUGGAUUAGAUUUUAUACGGACGGCAUAGCUGAAGGCACCGGUGCAACAGCCACCUUGGAAGUUGUCGAUUCCAAAUGCGGCAAAACCAGUCUAACGAUAAACGAGACAAAUCAGAUUCUUACUUCGCCGGAUUAUCCAGAUACAUACACGCCUGGAAUUCUAUGUCGCUGGUUUUUAGAACACCCCGACAAAUUCAAUGAUAGAAUGCGAAUUCAAUUUGUAGAUUUCGAUAUGCAAGAUUCCAGCAAUUGCGAAAACGAGUAUUUAGAAAUUUCUGAAGAGAGUCCGUACAUAUACGAAGGUUUCGGAGAGAAUUUCAUUUAUAGUGGAGUACAAAAACAUCCAAUUACCAUUGAGAUGGGCAGCAGGCUACCUUAUACCACGUUCAAGUUUUGUGGUGGCAUAAUGCCGCAUGAUUAUUACAGUUAUGGCAACAACAUUCAAAUAGUUUUCAAAUCAAUGUCUAGAGGUCAUAAAGGUUUCAAACUACAGUACAACAGUAUGGCAAAUUGCGAUCGGAAUUAUACGAGUGAACAAGGACGAAUCAUUCAUCGGGGAUUCACAAGCUGCUGGAUCACUAUCACAGCCCCAGCAAACCAUACUAUUUCCUUAUAUUUCAAUCAAUUCAACAUUUACGACGAAGAACACUGCACGCAUUACGCGUUGCAAAUUCACGAUGGUGACUCGAGCAGCCCGCUUUUAAACACUUUAUGCAGCGGAAUGUUACCAAGCCCGAUUUUCAGCACCGGUAACAAGCUCACCUUGCAUUCCUGGACCCAGAAUAGAAAUUCUUAUCAAAGUUACGAUAUCAUUUACACGACCACCGAUGCAGGUCGGGGAUGCGGAGGUCGUAUAUUCAAUUAUGGCGGCAGAUUCACCUCACCGUUGUAUCCCAACAUAUACCGCAAUGACACGGUAUGUACUUGGGACGUGAGUGUACCUCGCAACUUGAAGAUUCUUCUUCAGUUCUCCGUUUUCGACAUCGGCACGAGGAAAAACUGCGAAAACAAUAAUCUCAAAAUUUACGACGUCGUUCCCAGCGGAGAAACUUUAAGCAACACUUAUUGCGGCGGAGAUAAUCCAGCAAGAUUUGAGGCCGCUAGUAAUCGAGUUCUCGUAAGAUAUACUUCGACAAUGAACAACUUGGGAACAGGAUGGGUUAUUAUAUUCAUGGCGCAAUCAACUACGAAUCCCAUCGAUAUAAUGGAAGAUUAAUACGGGGAUUAUCAAAUUUAUCGAAGGUAAUGUACGUAUUGAAUGUACAUAUAAGAACGUAUAAGAUACGUAUAAGAACGUAUAAGAUGUACGUAUAAGAACGUAUUGUGAGGCUAACAUAUAAUUUACUGUAGAUAGACGAAAAUAAUAAAUAAAAUGGUUUAAAUGUCUAAUGCAUUAUUCGAUUUUAGUGCUAUCAUUCAAUUUUAAACAGCACCAAUAAGGCACGAUAAAAUAUAUUAUCGCAACAUAUCUUUGAACAUUCUUUAAAUAUGUAUUUGAAAUUCAUGUCGUGUAGUAUUAUAAAUAAAGCCUCACUAUACUGUA